AUGAAAGCUGGUGGUCAAGACGAUGGCUUGGGUCUACAAGGGUGCAUUUCGCAUACAUCUAUCCCUCCGCCACGCUGGUGCUCGUUGCCUCAUGAAGCUUCACUCUACGCUCCUCGUCUCAGUACCGAUAGCAUGCAUUUUGUUCUAGGAGUUGCACCUCGGUGCUGCUGUGGCUUUGAACCACAGACCAGUGGAGGAUUUAUCUCGCAGUCUGCUACAGUUUUCGGCUUUACAAACAAAUAUGAAGCGACCAUUGAUGUACUGCCAUGCCCAGUCUGCUGUCAUCGGCGACGCCUUGUCGGUCCAGACUUAGGAAAUAUUGGUAUAUUCAACUGGAAUAACUUGCACUUGUUCACACAUGAAUUGCUCAAUGCAUUCACUAGUGCCUUCACAACCUCCGAGACUCCAUUCUCAGCUUUCUGUGCAACAGUUCGGCAUAGCUAUGAAGAGCACUCUCUCGGAAACAAAUUUUGCUCUGAUGAAACCUUCGUUCGGGCCUGGUUUGCAUUUGUACGGCUUCAAAAACUAGACAGCGGAAUGACUUGUCCAACCUGUGGACCAAAUCCAAGCGUCGUGAUUGCAGAUGGAGUCAGUCUUGGCACGCACAGCUCAAAAUUGACCGCUGUGGUGAAACCACCAACAUACACUGACCAG